CAGAAUAGCUUGUGCAUCUGAGAACAUGACUGGCAAAGUAUUGUUUGUCCUGUUUCUGCUGUCAGCUCCAACCACUGUUUUAACAGAUUCUCACUCACUGUGGUUGCUUGGAACUUACAUUAAAGGAGAAACUCAAUUUCCUAAACUAAGUUUCACAGUCAUGCUAGACGACUUGAGAGUAGGAUUCUAUAAUUCUGAAACAAAGGAGUUCAUUCCACGGGAUAAUACGACAAAUGAAGAUGAGGCUGUUUCUGAUGUGCUUACUGUAAUACAAAAUACGUUGGAGCCCUUUAUGAUGUCAACACUAACGUUUAAGAACGGUACAGAAAGUCCUCAACUUUUUCAAAUUACAUGGCAUUGUGAGCUGUUGGACAAUGAUAAGCCUGGACAAAUUAUUUUUAAGAUUGCUUUUAGUGGCUCAACUACAGAUGAAGUGAGUUUUUAUAAUGACAACUUUACAUGUCAAUGCCAAAACAACAUGGCAACUGUACCGUUGGAGUCUUUCCAGAUGCAUUAUGAGACCGUAUGUUAUCCAAACUGCAUAGCAACCAUCAGAGAUUAUUUAAAAAAAAGACAAACUCAAGUAAAUGGAAAAGUACAACCGAAAGUUAGACUAAUUAAGAAAGUACACCCAAAAUCUGGAGGGUUUCGCUUGAGUUGUUUGGCGACAGAAUUUUACCCCCAUUCCAUCAACCUGACCCUGUUAAGGGAUGGACAGCCUGUAUCUGAUCAUGAGGUCACUGGAGGAAAUCUGCUGCCCAAUGGAGACGGGACGUACCAGAUGAGGAAGAGUCUGGAGAUCAGAGCAGAUGAGAGAGAAAAACACAAAUACACCUGCUCUGUCUCACACCUUAGUCUGGACAAAAUCCUUGAUAUUGAUUUUGAAUUUGACCCCAGUUUCCUAAUUAAAAUAGUGAUUCCUGUAGUGGUGCUUCUGUCUCUGAUGUUGGUGCUUACAGCUGUCCUCAUACACAAAUGCAAGAAUAAACGAGCAGAAUCCAAAGAAACCAUCACCACAGCAUCAACACCUGAACCUACCGAGAUGAGUGAAACAUUAAGGAAAUGAGGAUCUAGUAAUGACCAUAAGACCUACUGGAACCCGAAUGGACCCAAGACAGAAAUCCGUCAAGUUUGGUGAAGGAAAAAUCAUGAUUUGA